AUGAUCAUUAUUAACCACAAUUUAUCUUCAUACAUAUCUUUACCAUCAUCAACAUUACCAUCAAAACAAAAUUUGAAGACAAUAUCAACUGAUCAUUUUAAAGAUCUGGAAAAUUCUAUUGAUAAUCCAAAUACAAGAAUCACAAUUGCUUCACGAAAUCCAAAAAUUGAUGAUCUUCGUAAAUUAGGCAAUCAAAUUUGUCCACCUGUAUCAAUAUCAAUUUCGUCAGAUCGAUCAUCAUCAUCAGAUCAAUUAUCGGAAAUAUGUAAAGAUGCAAAUCUUGUUAUCAAUCUACCUGGAAUAAUGCAUGAAACACCUUCUGAAAAUAUUACUUUUGAAAAUGUUCAACAUCAAGGUGCUCGUAAUGUUGCCAAAGCUGCUCACCAAAAUAAUGCUCGCCUAAUCCACAUUAGUGCUAUCGGUGCAGAUCCUAAUAGUGAUAUUCCUUAUGCCAAAACUAAGGGGUUGGGAGAAAUUGCAGUACGUGAAGAAUGUCCUGAUGCAAUAAUCUUUCGUCCAAGUAUAAUAUUUGGCCCUGAAGAUGAUUUUUUUAAUGUAAGAAGAGGAAGAAGCAAAAUGAUAUCGAAAGAACCUUAA